GGCAACUGCCUUCACGAGCCGGAGUGGUCCCAGCAGAUCGCCGGCGUGCCGGCAGUUCUGCAGGUCCUGGAUGCUGUUUGGGGUCAGCGCAGCGCCUAUCGCUGCUGCGGCGGCGGCGGGGAGUGUGUCUUGCCCCAGUGCUGGGAAUAUCAGCGGCUUCACAGCGAUCUGAGAACUUUGGAUGAGAAUCCGCUCCCCCGCUUCCUUUCAGUGAACUUCACCGUUUGUGACCUUACCGCCUUUAAUGGGCCCACGCGCCACGUCCCGGGCACCAUGCAGAAGGAUCCAAAGCAAGUGCCCUGCGUGGGGCUGGAGAACCCCAGGUUCUUGCUCUCGACAGUCGCGCCUCUCCAG